AGAUGUUUGUCCAUUAUUGGAUACCGUACACCAGAGCCCGGUAAAAGUAGCUGAUUGGCCAUAAACACAACAGAAAUUAUUCUAGCUACGAACGUGAAGUACAGACAGAAUCAUGAGUCUCAGAAAGCAGACCCCCAGUGACUUUCUGAAGCAGAUAAUUGGCAGACCAGUUGUGGUCAAGCUCAACUCUGGAGUGGAUUACAGAGGUGUCCUAGCCUGUCUGGAUGGCUAUAUGAACAUUGCAGUGGAGCAGACAGAGGAGUAUGUCAAUGGCCAGCUGAAGAACAAGUAUGGUGACGCCUUCCUGAGAGGAAACAAUGUGUUAUACAUCAGCACCCAGAAGAGGAAGAUGUGAUGCAGAGGAUUUGUCCCUUUUUUAAAUUAUGUUUAUUAUCCCGGACGUUGUUCCAGUUGAUUAUGUUAUAUGAGAACAUUGUUUUUCGUAUUGUUUAAUGUCUCUGAGCUGAAGAGUGUUUUAGUUUUUUGUAAAAAGGAGAACAAUCCAAUAAAUGUUUUUGGAAGUUUAA